AUGCUGCUUUCUCAUCGAAGUCCGACACACAAACUCUUAACCUCCGCCAACAUUCUUAUGGGUUCCAAACACUUCCUCCUUAAUUCAAAAGCAGUGCCUCCGGUAGCCCUUUCUUCAGGAACACACCCCUUUCACACCUAUAGACUUAUUUUCUCUACUUUCCAUACAAAACCCAUUUCCCCAAUUUUCUUUUCUUCUGCAAGAACUUGUGGGUUUUCUUAUAGACCCCAGGCCAGUGUCCCUAGACCAGUUUUUGAAGUGAACCCAGAAGAGAAAAGGCUUGAUUCUUUGCAGAUAAGCGUAUUGAAGCAGAAAUUGGAGGAUAUUGGAAUUGGUAGUGGUUCCUGUGAGCCAGGGCAAUACUACAGGUUGCUUUGUCCAAAAGCUAGCUCAGAUGGGAAGACUUCAGUGUCAAUUUUUGAAGCUCUAAGUUCGAAUCUAGCUAAAGAGUCUUAG